CGGCCGCAGCGUCGGAAGUCCCAGUCUGUGUGGAGCUGUCGUCCCGUCGUGUAAUCGCUCCUCACUCGCGGAAACCAUGACUGAAGAGAAACGAGAUUACCAGGAGGUGCCGACGAAGGAGGGCGAUGAAGUCAAGGCGGAGGGGGAGGUUGUGGGGCUGAAGCCGAAGAUGACACUGUUCAACGGCAUCACCGUCAUCGUUGGCUCCAUUAUCGGCUCCGGCAUUUUCAUCUCCCCCUCGGUGGUGCUGCAGAAUACCGGCAGCGUGGGCAUGUCUCUCGUGGUGUGGAUCGUCAGUGGUUUAUUCUCCAUGGUGGGCGCCUACUGCUAUGCCGAGCUGGGCUGCAUGAUCCAGAAGACAGGUGCUGACUACGCCUACAUCAUGGUAACGUUUGGACCGCUGCUGGCGUUCAUGAGGCUGUGGGUGGAGUGCAUCAUCGUGCGGCCGUGCUCGCAGACCAUCGUGGCGCUCACCUUCAGCAUAUACAUCAUGAAGCCCUUCUUCCCCGACUGCGGCACCCCUGACAGUGCAGAGCGACUCCUCGCCGCUGUCUGCAUCCUGGUGUUGACCUUCGUGAACUGCUGGAACGUGAAGUGGGCUACCCGCGUGCAGGACAUCUUCACAGGCGCCAAGCUCUUCGCUCUCGCCGUUAUCAUCAUCACUGGAUUCGUGCAGCUCGGCCGUGGACAGACCCAACACUUCACCUUCGAUAACACAGAGCCUGACUUCACCAAGAUAGCGCUCUCCUUCUACUCGGGAUUAUUCGCUUACAACGGAUGGAACUACUUAAACUUCGUCAUUGAGGAGCUGAAGGAACCAGUCAAAAACCUGCCAAAGGCCAUCUACAUCUCCAUCUCGCUGGUGACCAUUGUGUACGUGCUCGCCAAUAUCGCCUUCUACACCACCCUGUCCCCCUAUGAAGUGCUCGGCUCAGAGGCAGUGGCCGUGAGUUUUGCUGAUCGCCUAUACCGACCAGUGGAAUUCCUCAUCCCAAUAUUCGUGGCUCUCUCCACCUUUGGAUCCGUCAAUGGCAUCCUCUUCACGUCUUCGAGGCUCUUCUAUGCUGGUGCCAUGGAGGGCCAGAUGCCAGAAAUCUUGACCAUGAUCCAAGUGAAGCGCAUGACCCCAGCCCCAGCAGUGCUCUUCAUGUCCUUCCUCAGCCUUAUGUAUUUGGGCUCCAGCAACAUCUCAGCACUCAUCUCUUAUGUUGGAUUUGCCACAUGGCUGUCUAUUGGUAUUGCUGUGCUGUGUGUGCCAUGGCUCCGCUGGAAGGCUCCUGAAUUGGCCAGGCCCAUUAAGGUGCACCUCAUCUGGCCCAUCCUCUACAUCAUUGCCACAAUCUUCAUCACUGUUGUGCCCAUGUAUGCUGCUCCCAUCGAAACAGGUAUUGGUGUAGGCAUCAUCUCCACUGGCAUUCCUGUGUAUCUGCUCUUCAUCAAGCUCAGAAAACCACAAUGGGUCAAGGAGUUCCUCCGAAAAAUGACAACACAGCUCCAGAAGUCUAUGAUGGUUGUCCGUCCACAAACUUAAUAGGCAAGGUCAACCGAUUGCUGCAGAAGCUCAUGAUGGUGUGCCAACCAGAGAAAGCUGCCAAACUGUAAAGUGAGGCUCCUUUGGGAAGACAAUAAGCAAGUAUGGAUCAUUCUACUCCACUGUUGAAACCUUCAGCAGGAAUAAAGAAGCCAGGACCGUUCCACAUGUGCUGCAUUUGCCUCAUGUGUAAAACCUACUCUAAGACAUUUUCUUUUUUUCAAACAUGGCAAUUAUGAGAAGAUACAAUGAGAACAGUAAUGUUAUUAUAAAUUUUUUUAUUCUUAUUCCUCUCUAGAAAGGUUAGUAGUAGUUAUUACCUUUUGACAGUGACACUAUGAGCCAUGACAGUGGUGCCUAUCAUGAUAAUUUGAGUGGUGAGGAGCUCUUCAUUUAGUGAUGCUUGUGAUGAACAGUCCUGCUUGGUUGUUGAUUGAGGCUUAUCAGAAAGAGCUAAUGUUUCCAUGUUCCUUAAUGGUUAGUAUUCAGACUGGCUCACCAUGACAAAGGCUUCUAAAUGGCUGCUUAGAUGGAUGAAGACAGCUUGUAUAAGCCAGUUGUGUUGAAAGUUUACUGUUCUCAUUGGUGGCAUGUCUCAGUCCUUUGUGCCUCAGGCUAGAGUAUAAAGUAAAAGCAUCUAAUGCUCUUGUAUUACAAAAAAAAUAGUAGAAAAGUUCUUGUUUACAGUAGUACUGAGCUACAAAGACAAGUUUUGUUUGAGUAUGGAAUUAUUUCAGAUGCAAUGUGGAGUUACUGUGAUAUUUGCUCUUUUGUGUUCAAUUGUCUGGAAUGGGCAGCCUUGUUAUUUCUAUUGAAAGUCUCUUUUAUUCUGUCUUCUAGGAUUUUUAUUUAUGUUACAAUUUAGUAAUAUAUAUAUAUAUAUAUAUAUAUAUAUAUAUAUAUAUAUAUAUAUAUAUAUAUAUAUAUAUAUAUAUAUAUAUAUAUAUAUAUAUAUAUAUAUAUAUAUAUAUAUAUAUAUAUAUAUAUAUAUAUAUAUAUAUAUAUAUAUAUAUAUAUAUAUAUAUAUAUAUAUAUAUUCUUAAAGCUGACAAUGAACAUUUUUGUGCCAGAAUUCUAGGAUGCACAGCUCAUGCAAAUUCUACUUAGAGGACAGUUUGUAGUGACUGACAGGAGCUUACAACAUCACAGUGACAUACAAACUGUAUGAUUUUCUGAUUUUUCUUCAAUCUUUAUAUAUUGUAAGAUUUUUUUUCUUUUCUUUUUUCUUUUUUUUGGGGGGUCCUAAAUAUAAUUGUAUACUUGUUUCACAUAUUUGCAAUGCAUCAAGUUUAUAGAAAACUCAGUCAUAUAGAUCUGAAACUAUCAAGCAUCAUGAAAAGAUUACAUUGUGGAAAUUUUCAUACAUUAUGAAAAUAUGAAACUGUAUGCCUUCACAAGACCAGUAGGGUGAAGUAAUUGGUAGAUGAUAUUUUUUUGAGUUUUAAUAAUAUUUUUUUUUAAAUGAUGCAUUAUUUUUAUAUAUUCAUAGUGGUUGAAAGUGAUAAAAGGACUAAGAAAAGAAUUUACAGAUUUCAUUUGUUAAGGAUUCUUAUACAUAUAUGAUACAUAUAUGAAUGACUUCCAAAUAUUGCAAGGUAUUAUUUAUAUGCAGUGAUCAUCCUUGAUUGCUUGUAGUUUUCUUUUUUUUUUUUUUUUUUUUUGUAUUUUUCUAGAUUACAUUUUUACCUUGCGGAAUGCAUAGCAUUUACACAAAAGCCCCUGCAUUUGCAAACUCACCACUCAUAAACUUGAAUUAUAUAUGAGUUGGUAAAAUUAAUUAACCUUUUUUGGCAAAAUAUGAAAAGCACAUACUUCUAUUUUGAUUGAUUGCCUGCAUCAUUUUGCCUCCAGUUGCUUGGCAGCUUGACUGCCAUCCUUAGUGGUAUCAUUAUGAAAGAUGUUAGUAUAGAGGCAUUUCCUUUGACAAUGGUCUUCCUUAAGGCAAACACCAUUUUCAUCAACCUACCAGAACAAUCAAGAUACAUAUAGGUAAUAAAUGCUCUCUAAUUAUACAAGUGCCAAAACUAAGCCAGAGUAAAAAAAAAAAUAUUUUCACUGAAGCUACACAUAACAUCAUAGACCUGUUCAGAUUUAUACUUUCUCUCAUCAAGAUACCUCUCUCUCUCUUCAUCCACAUGUCCACAAUGGCAGCUCACAAUUUAGUGGACAUUAGUAGCCCACCUGAGACUUCAGACCUUACAUAAUACAGAAUCCAGACUUGUGCUAAGUAUUGACUUUGCUAUUUUAUUCAUAUACAUACAAAGAAAUAAGUUUAUAAAUGUAUGCAUUUAUUAAUCUUAUAUAAAGUAAUAUGCAAUUUGAUUAUUUCAGUUGCUGACAUAUAUAUGUUCAUGAACAGAAAUAUUAUGACAAAUCAUUUCUUUAGAAAUGCUCAUUGAUGGAACUUAGUUUUCAUCAGUAAAAACAGACAAUCUUUAAGAUGAGCCAAUAUUUUCUAAAAUGAUGCAAGGGAUUGAAUAAUAAUACUUUCAUAUGUAAAAGUAUUGAUGGUCUAUAAGGUAAAUUAUUCAUGACAAAAAUGGCAAUUACAAUCUUGUGGCACUGAAGAGAUACAAAAAAGUUGACAUAAUGAGAGAAUGGCAAAUGUAUGACCUUGUGGCACUGAAGAUACAAAGAAAAUGACUUAAUGAGAGAAUGGCAAAUGUAUGACUUCUGAGCUGUGUUGUCUGAGCUGCCAACUCAAGAUCCAUCAGGUAUCUUGUGAUUUUUUUUCUUUUUUGCCAGAAUACCAUGGUUUUUUCAUUUCAUAACUAUAUCAUACUUUGUCCUAAACACUGUUAUAGAUAUUUAUGUAUGUAUUACAUAUGAUGCAAAGGCUAUUUCCAAUUUUUAUUCAUUAUAAGGUGUCAUUUAACAGAAUAGUCAUGAAUGCAGGGGCUAGUGUGCUGAGAGAGAAAAAGAGAUGAAUUCCAACAAACAUAAAAGAACAAUCCUAUAUCCCAGAAGAUGUAUUGCAUACCUCAGUCAUGUAUGAUAAUAAUCUCAUUUCAUAAGCACUGAGAUACAACAGUUGUGAGACCAAUACAUCAAUACUCAGUACUUGUACAUUUCCACCAUGAGUUCCUUGAUAAUCAUUGCACACGCUGUUGGGAUCGUGCACCAGCAACACCUUCAAUAUCCAGGACCCUCAAGGCAUCAUCCUCUGCUAUGGGCUACUCAUUUUAUUCAUUUUUAUAUUGCAAUUCAUACAUAUAAGACACAAAUCAGUAAGCAGAAAAGGGGGUCCUGAAUGUUGAAAGGUAUUGUUUGAUUGUUUAUAAAUAGUUGGGACCAUUGUAAAGGACAUUGGGCCUGAGUGAAUGCAUAGUUCAGUUUUGGUAUGUAUGGAAAUUCUUAAAAAAGUGAAUAGACAAUUAAAUAUAA